AUGGCACGGUGGCAAGCUGACUUGAUCGAUCAGGAGAGUGCUUUGCCAGCGAACAAAUUUUUUCCUCAGCCGAUUUAUAGCCCUGGUGAUACGGGUGGACAGGUGCCGCGCGUGUUGGUUGCGCCGCCUCGCUACAUACAGGGCCCCGGUGUUCUGGCGAGCGUCGGUCGGUAUCUGUCUAUCAUCAACGUCAAGCGUGCGGUGGUGUAUGCCUCAAACCGUGGGUUGGCGGAACAAGGGCCCGUGUUGAAGUCGAGCCUGCAGGCGGCACAUAUCAGUGCACUGGAUUGCCUCUUUCCCGGUGAAUGCAGCCUGGAAGCCAUAGAUGAAGCGGUUGAAGGGUUGGCUGCUGAGCAGGUGGAUUGUUUAAUCGCCGUGGGCGGCGGUAAGUGUGUGGAUGCGGGCAAAUGUGUUGCCUACCGGCUUGGCGUGCCGGUCAUUGUGGUCCCGACAUUGGCUUCGAAUGAUGCGCCGUGUUCGGCGGUAUCAGUUUUAUAUACCCCCGCCGGUGUUGUCAGCGCUGCGGAAUUUUUUCCUGAGAAUCCGGCUUUUGUGAUUGUUGAUACUGAAGUUGUGGCCGCGGCGUCGGAGCGUUACCUCGUAGCCGGUAUGGGUGAUGCAAUGGCCACCUGGUAUGAGGCCAAGGUGUGUCUUGCCAACCCUCAGGCUCGUAAUGUGAUUGGCGCGCGCCCCACUGUGGCGGCGGCGGCGCUGGGAGAAGCCUGCGCAACAACCCUUUUCACCCACGGUAUAGAUGCCGGCAAAGCAGUUUGUGAAAGCCGUGUGGACGACGCGCUGGAGCAGGUUGUGGAAGCCAAUACACUGCUCAGUGGCGUGGGUUUCGAAAGCGGUGGCCUGGCGGCUGCUCAUGGUCUGGCAGGUGCUUUAACCAGUAUCGGCGCUGUGGAGAAAAAUUUUCUACACGGUGAAAUGGUGGCUGCUGGCGUGUUGAUGCAGUUGAUGCUGCAGCAGGACAAGGCUGAAGCGAGACGGGUUGCGGAAUUCUUUGCUGCAGUAGGGUUACCCGUGACGUUAGGACAGAUUGGUUUAACGCGCGCCGACGAAGAUGAUCUGCGACAGGUUUCAGCAGAGACCGCUGACUAUAUGUUUAUCACCAACCUGCCUUUCGAGGUGUCCGCAGAUAUGGUUUACGAUGCAAUUCUGGCGGCUGACGAGAUCGGCCUUGCCGUGUCUGAGUCGGUUGGAGAUAAGGCUUACAGAAGGGUGCAGAACUGA